GCGCCAUUGCUUCAUGUCGACUUUGGCUGACUAGACCGAACAGGACCAUGGUGCGCUCUUAUCGCAGGUACGAGCCUGGACAAAUCUUUGGCACCAUUGCCACCGCUUCCUCCAACACCGUCUGGACUGCCGACUCAUCCAGUCGCAAUGCUGGCAGUGGAAGAGCUUUUGUAGGCGCGAAUGAAGAAGUGCUAUGCUGGGAUGUGAAGAAGGGCGAGCUACUGUCACGAUGGAACGAUAAGGACAAUCGCAGUGUCGUGACCUGCAUAUCACAAUGCGAUGUGCAACCCGAUCUCUUCGCUGUGGGACAUCAAGACGGAUCUAUACGGAUAUGGGAUGCGCUGUCCGGACAGAUUGUAGUGAGCUUCAAUGCGCACAGGAGCGCCAUCACACAUCUACAGUUCGAUCGAGAGGGUUCACGACUUGCAAGUGGGAGCAGAGACACGGACAUCAUUAUCUGGAACCUGCUCUCUGAAACUGCCGAGUUCAGGUUGAAGGGCCACAAAGAUCAGAUCACCGGCUUGUCUUUCCUUCGAACUUCGACGGCUGGAGCGCAGGCCAACGAGAAUGUAGACGGCAUAGCAGACGAAGAUGUGGAAGAACGUUACCUCUUGUCCACAUCGAAGGACGCACUGGUCAAGAUAUGGGAUCUGUCAGCGCAGCAUUGCAUUGAGACACAUGUUGCGCAAACAAGUGGCGAGUGCUGGGCAUUGGGCAUGAGUCCAGAUGGAGCGGGUUGCAUCACCGCGGGCAACGAUGGCGAGCUCAAAGUAUGGAGUCUGGGCAUCGAUGCGCUGUCUCAGUUGGCGCUGUCUGUGGGCGACGGCAAAAAACAAAAUGUGCUACGUAGCCAAGGAACCAUACAAAGACAAGGAAGAGACAGGACGGUCAGCGUUAGCUUCCAUCCAAAACAGGACUACAUCGCGGUCCACGGCUCAGAGAAGGCUGUUGAGCUGUUUCGGAUACGGUCUGCAGACGAGUUACACCGAGUGAUGCUCAGGAAGCGAAAGAGAAGAAGGGAGAAGGCUGCUGCAGCGGGAGAGACACUGGUGCCGGAGAAGGAGGAGGCAUUGGAACAACCGGAGGUGACAGACGUCUUCGUCCCGUACGUGAUCGUUCGGACUGGUGUCAAAAUGCCAGAUGGGAAAUGGGCGUCGGGAGGAAAGGUUCGCUCCGUAAAUUGGAUUACAUCUGGAGCUAAGGCUGCGAAGAAGCUGCAGCUGCUGAUAUCGACCACGGACAACCGUUUGGAGGCGUACGAGGUUGUGGCACAUCGCGCAAGAGAGGACAAAGGGAGUCGAGAAGCGCCCGACUACAGUCGCUCUCUUGCAGUAGAGCUGUCUGGGCAUCGGACAGAUAUUCGCACUCUGGCGCUGUCGUCCGAUGAUCGCAUGCUCGCAAGUGCCUCAGCAGGAUCGCUCAAAGUAUGGAACCUGCGUACCCAGUCAUGCCUACGGACGAUGGAGUGCGGCACUGCACUAUGCUCGGCCUUCUUGCCUGGCGACCGUAUGGUGCUUCUCGGCACCAAGUCCGGAGAGCUCGAACUGUGGGACAUCAGCACAAGUACGCUGAUCGAGAAGAUCCAGGCUCAUGAUGAGAAGCACGCGAUCUGGUCUCUCGCUGUUCAUCCUGAUGGAAGAUCAGUAGUCACUGGAUCUGCAGACAAGAGCGCAAAGUUCUGGCGAUUCGAUAUUGUAGACGAAGAGAUUCCCGGCACAAGAAGAACAACGCAAAGGCUGAAGCUAACACAAACACGGCAGCUGAAGGUCAACGACGACGUGCUCUCGAUCUGCUUCUCGCCUGACCAAAAGUAUCUCGCGCUCAGCACCCUCGAUAACACAGUUAAGCUGUUCUUCGUGGACAGCCUGAAGCCGUACCACAUCCUCUACGGCCACAAACUUCCCGUGCUCAACAUCAGCAUAUCGAGUGACUCCAAGCUUAUUGUGACCAGUUCGGCAGACAAGAAUGUCAAGAUAUGGGGUCUUGACUUUGGUGACUGCCACAAGUCUUUCUUCGCACACCAAGACAGCGUUAUGCAGGUCGGCUUCAUACCGCAUCCUCAAGAGCAGGAAGAGAAGCAUACAGUCUUCAGUGCAGGCAAGGAUGGAGUGGUCAAAUCAUGGGAUGGCGACAAAUUUGAGCAGAUUCAAAAAAUGGAAGGCCAUCAUGGUGAAGUCUGGGCAAUGGCCAUCAGCCAGACUGGCGAGACUAUUGUCACGGCCUCACAUGACAAGUCCAUUCGGACCUGGAACGUCGGCGAUGACCUGAUCUUCCUCGAAGAAGAGCGCGAGCGCGAGCUGGAAGAACAGUACGAAGCGACUCUGGCCAAGAACAUUGACCACGACUUCGAAGGCGACGAAGACGAGAAUGCAGAAGUCGCCGCCGCCUCAAAGCAAACAAUCUCCACACUCACCCACGGCGAGAAGAUUAUGGAAGCGCUAGAACUUGGUUUCGCAGACCUGGAGCUGAUGACGAAGCACAAUCGACAACGACUCACAAACCCUAAGAUGCCCGCCUACCCUCCUGAACGCAAUCCCAUCCUCACAGCCUACGGCAACAUUUCCGCCGAACGCCACGUCCUCAACACUCUGCAGCGUGUGCCUCGACCGGCACUGAAUGACGCUCUUCUGGUCCUUCCCUUCUCCACUCUGCCUACCCUCUUCACUUUCCUCGCCAUCUUCCUCCACAAAUGCAUGUCCCCCGAACUCGCAUGGACGAUCUCAUACUUCAUGCUGCAGGCGCACAUGCAGCAGAUAGUGGCUUCGAAGAAGUUGAAGCCUCUGUUGCAGGAGAUUUAUGAUGCCUACGAGAAGUGGCAGGAUGGGGAGAAGAGAAUCCUGGGAUCGAACGUCGCGGCCCUCGAGAUCAUGACGAGGGAGGUGAGGGAGGAAGAGAUUGUAAAUGGGGGGUAUUUGGAUUACAACAAAGUAGGAGAGGCGAGUGAGGAUGUAGUUGGGAAGGGCGGAAAGAAGAGAGCGUUUGCUAGUCUGGCGUAGACGCUCGUGUGUGCUCAGGGAGAGGAUGUGUGGCUGCAGCUACAUCGUGUAAGAUUGUGCUACAGUGAAGGUAAGUGGCAGUGUAUAGAUCUAGACAGCAUGAAAGCAAGCUGGACAGCCAGACUACACGGAC